GUGCGGGGUCUCCGACUCCAAAUGGAAGCGUAAUUGUGCCUCCCCCGAGUGAUCCGAAUCGGUAUGGACUCUGAUCUACGUGAACUACUGAGUUCAGCGCCGGAAAACGCACCGAGAGCUCCGGAUACUGGCAGACACAAAAUCUUCAGGAAGCGGAAAAGUCUCACAUCGAGCAGAAGUGCUCCGAAACUGUCGCAAGCCUCAGAAAUCUCCCCCCUCCUCCAAUUCGUUGAUUCCUGUCCUCCGAUAAAUCCUUCAGUUUACGGACCCUCCUCGGACUCAAACGGGAUCAGGAUGUCGGGGACGGACCCACCCACUGGGACAAUCAGGGACACCUCCGGGGAGGAUUCGACCCGCUUGAAGCGGAACCUAGGCCUAAUGAGUGGAGUGACCCUCAUCGUGGGAACAAUGAUCGGAUCUGGCAUUUUCGUAUCGCCCAAGGGAGUACUGCAGAACACAGGAUCCGUGGGGUUGACGCUGAUUGUUUGGGCCGGUUGCGGGAUGCUGUCUCUCUUCGGUGCUCUGAGCUUCGCUGAACUAGGAACUAUAAUCAACAAAUCAGGGGGCGACUACAUUUACAUUUACGAGUGUUUCCGAGGAUACCGAUGCGGAUCCGUUCCGGCUUUCCUCCACUCUUGGACUACGGUGCUAUUAUUGAAGCCGGCCUCUCUGGGAAUCAUGGCUCUAUCCUUCGCGAAAUACAUGGUGGUGCCGUUUUUCCUCUCGUGCGACGAAAUUCCGUCCCAGCCCGUGAAACUGCUCUCCCUCGUGUGCAUCGCUCUGGUGACGUACAUCAAUUGCGCCAGCGUUCAUCUCGCCUCGCGAAUUCAGACAGUGUUCACAAUCGCCAAGCUCGGAGCGAUCGUCGCAAUCGUAAUCGGCGGUUUCUGUUGGAUAGCGAUGGGCCACACAGAAUAUCUGGAAACGGGAUUUGAAGGAUCGACCACGUCUCUCGGUGACGUCGCCACGGCCUUCUACUCCGGCCUGUGGGCUUACGAUGGAUGGAACAACCUGAAUUACGUAACCGAAGAACUGGUCAACCCAUAUGUCAAUUUGCCUCGAGCCAUCUGGAUUGCUAUACCACUAGUCACCGUCAGUUACGUUCUCGUAAACGUAGCGUAUCUCACAGUGUUAUCGAGCUCCGAAUUCCUCGCCUCCGAAGCCGUGGCCGUGCGAUUUGGCAACUAUGUAUUCGGACCGGCAGCCGGGCUGAUCACUUUAUUCGUGGCCGCGUCGACGUUCGGCUCUUCAAACGGUUCGACGUUCACCGCGGCUCGAAUUUCAUUCACGGCAGCCCGAGAAGGGCACCUACCCUCGAUCCUGUCGUUCGCCCACGCGACCCGUGUCACUCCGAUGCCGGCUCUACUGACCAACGGUAUUCUUGCGGCAGUGUUGGUCUUGGUUAGUGACAUCGAUAAGCUCAUCGAUCUCUUCGGUUUUGCGGCUUGGUUCUUCUACGGUUUGGCUACUUUCACCCUCAUCGUCUUCCGCUUCACUCGGCCCGAUGUGCCAAGACCCUGCAAGGUCAAUAUCAUAAUUCCGAUUGUGACGUGUCUAGUAGCUUCGUAUCUGGUGGUCGGCCCGAUCGUCCAAAAGCCGCGACCCGAGUAUUUGUAUGCUUGCGCUUUCGUAGCAUCUGGCUUAAUAUUCUACGUGCCGUUCGUAGCGCUCGGAUGGAGACUCCGUUGCACUCAUGGCAUCACUCGGUUCUUGCAAUGCAUGCUGUUCGUGGUCCCAACAGCGAAGCCUGAAGAGGAUUCGCGAUAAUUGUUAUUUAUUCAGUCGAGAGCCAGGGGAGAACGACCAAGAGAGUAUUCGCGGUCUGCAUUCGUUCUCCCCCGAAUGAACCUGUCUCGAGCUGUUGUCAUACCAUCAUAUUCGAGCUGUAGAGAUAUCAUUGUAAAGAUCAUCGUUUCGAUAUCAUUUAGUGGGCGAAAUGCGCAUAUCAGACCGGAGACCGCCAGAGACACUGAUCGUUCCGAUUCUUCCGGCAUGAUCCCGGCAGGGUAAAGAUAUAUCGAGUUUUGAGCUCUGGGACUCAAUCGAAGCGGGACUCUCAUCCUCAGUGGGGGGUUGAGGGGUUCGUGCCCACGGCGGCACAGUUCGAGAAUGGAUCAGAGGUCAUAGAGUUGAGAUUCCGGUUCGUCAUCCUAAUAAAACAGAAAAGGAGGACAU